UAAAAGUUGGUAGAAUGUAGCAUUGUCUUGGGCCCUCAGUGACUUAAAUCAUCCAUUUAGCCACGGGCAUUAAAAAAAUAGGUCUACUUUAAAAACACAAUUUAUAAAUAUUUUUAAAUGACCUACGGAAAUAUUUUUUAUUUAAUUUAUUUAAACAAUUUUGUUCAGUAUUUCUUUGACCUAGAGAGUAUAAUUCGAAGUCAAGCGAUUUCAACGAAACUCGAUUGCUAACGAACAUUUUAAGCCUUUAGUCUAUCUUAUACUUUACUCAUGAACGGCUGCGUUGCAGUUACCGCGAAUGAUCGAUUCCACAUUAAUAAUAAUCGAUUAACUGAUACAUUACGUCGAUAUGACAGUGUUUAAUAUAGUAUUUGUUUUCUUAUUUUUACGGACUCAAGCGGUGGAUAUUGAUACUUUUCCUCUUCACAUAGUGCAUUACAAUGAUUUUCACGCUCGAUUUGAAGAGACCUCACUCCAGUUUCCGAUGUGUCGCAAUAAUGACACCCAAUGCUUGGGAGGAUUCGCUCGUCUUUACCAUGAGAUAACGACGUUGGUCAAAGCUUAUCCAGAAACGUUAGUAUUGAACGCAGGAGACGUUUUCCAGGGCACCUACUGGUACACCCUAUUGAAAUGGAAUGUAACCCAAAAAUUCAUCAACUUGCUACCAAAUGAUGUCCAUGCAAUAGGUAACCAUGAAUUCGAUGAUGGGGUAGCGGACUUAUCGCGUUACAUCGCGACCCUACGAGCGCCCGUCGUAGCUGCAAAUAUAGACAUCAGCGAUGUGCCCUCAUUGCAGGGCAUCAUCAAGCCACAUGUGGUUGUAACAAAGAACGGCCGUAAUAUCGGAGUCAUCGGCCUGAUAACUACAGAAACACCGAUUGCAUCAAAAUCGGAGAACGUAAAAUUUCUGGAUUCAAUUCCUGUUGUCGAAAGAGAAGCUAAGCUGCUAAAAGACAAAGGAGUCGAUAUCAUAAUUGUUCUGUCACAUUGUGGCUUGGACGUUGACAAAGAAAUAGCAAGGACCGUUGGGGAAAACAUAGAUGUAAUAGUUGGUGGGCACACGCAUAGUCUGCUUUGGAAUGGUGAAUCACCCUCAAAAGAAAAAGUAGCUGGCCCAUACCCAAUCUUGGUUGAGGCUACGCAAGGUUGUGAUCAUCAGGUAAUAAUUGUAACGGCAUCAUCUUUUACCAAAUAUUUGGGUAACAUAACAGUGUUUUUCGACAAAAGUGGUGAAGUUGUGGAUUUUGAGGGAUCUCCGAUAUUUUUGAACAGAUCGAUUCCAGAAGAUCCGGCCAUUCUAUCUUUACUGCAACCAUACAAAAAAAAAUUGCAUUCAUUAGUCGAUGAAGAAAUCGGAUAUUCCAAUCAAAUUCUAUCGGAUUACAAUUGUAGUGCUCACGAAUGUAUCCUGGGUAAUAUAGUAGCCGAUGGUUGUUGGAGAGCGACUGUUGCAAAGUAUCCAACGAAUUUGACAACCAUAGCUUUUCUACUAAGAAAUAACAUAAGAAGUCCUCUACCGUCGGGAAAAUUGACACGUGCUACGGCCCUCAAUAUAUUCCCAUUUUCUAAUGAGUUGAUUGCAUUGGAAAUUCAAGGGAGGUAUAUAUUGGAAGCAUUGAGAAAGUGCUUCAGCAAGUCUUAUAACAGUGUUCCAUUCUCUGGACCUUGGGUGCCACAGUUUUCUGGUAUGAGAAUCACAGUAAAUACAACAUUACCACGGAAUGUAGCAUCAGUACUUGUGAAGCGAGGUGAUGUUUACCGACCUUUAGACCCGGAUGAAGUCUAUCAACUGGCCACGCUGGACUAUUUCCUAAUGGGAGGAGCUGGAUUCACGAUGCUAAAAGAAAAUUCACGAAACCCUAAACAUGUGGGGAAAAUGCUAAAAGUUUUUGAAGAUAUAAUAAAGGAAAUAUCUCCGAUAGAUGAGUCACAACAUUCACUUGACGGUAGACUAAAACUUAUAGAAUAAUUGUAGUUAGACUGUUGUUUGUAAAAUAUUAUAGUUCAUUUGAUUUUACUUAUUAUAAAAUAAUCUAUUUUUAAUGUUUUCUUAUAAAUCUAUGUCCAGCUUAAAAUAAAUGUUUCUACUAAA